GCUGAGCGCCGGGCAGUACAUUGAGGGCGAGCCGAGGGAACGGGUGCCUAGCGCAGCUCCGGGGCUGGAAUUCCAAGACACAAGUGCAUCUGUUAGCUGUUAGCGCUUGGCAGACGGAGCCGUCCUCUAGGGUAGCUCUGACUUUGGGUAAUAAUGUUUGUCAGCUACCUGAUAUUAACAUUGUUCCACGUUCAAACAGCAAUGUUAGCAAGACCUGAGGGAGAGAGCAUCGGCUGCGAUGACUACCUGGGCUCCGACAAAGUUGUGGACAAGUGUGGGGUGUGUGGAGGUGACAACACAGGCUGCCAGGUAGUAUCGGGCGUGUUUAAACACGCUCUCACCAGCCUAGGUUACCACCGCGUCGUGGAAAUCCCCCAAGGAGCCACGAAAAUCAACAUCACUGAGAUGCAGAAGAGUAACAACUAUUUGGCUUUGCGAAGUCGUUCUGGCCGCUCCAUCAUCAAUGGGAACUGGGCGAUUGACCGUCCCGGAAAAUACGAGGGUGGAGGGACCAUGUUCACCUACAAGCGUCCCAAUGAGAUUUCGAGCACUGCUGGAGAGUCCUUUCUGGCUGAAGGUCCCACUAACGAGAUCUUGGAUGUCUAUAUGAUUCACCAGCAGCCCAACCCCGGCGUGCACUACGAGUACAUCAUCAUGGGCACCAACGCCAUCAGCCCACAAGUGCUGCCGCAGAGGAGACCAGGGGAGCCCUUAAAUGGCCAGCUGGAAGCCGAAGGCAGGAGCCAGGAAGGCAGACAGGAGGAGCGGGCGGAGGAGAAGGAGGACUUCCGAGGCGAGGCCCGGGAGAUCUUCACCUCUGAAGUGGCUCAGACCUUCCCCGUCAGGCAUCCAGACAGAUUUCCUUCCCAUCGGCCAGACAACUCGGUACCACCAGCGCCGCAGCCCCCGAGGCGGAGCCGGGAUCACAACUGGAAACAGCUGGGGACCACGGAGUGCUCGACAACCUGCGGGAAAGGAUCGCAGUACCCGAUUUUCCGCUGUGUGCACAGAAACACGCACGAAGAGGUUGCCGAGAGCUACUGCGACCCCGGCAUGAAGCCGACCCCCGAGGAGGAAGCCUGCAACCUCUUCCCCUGCCCGGCCUUCUGGGACAUCGGGGAAUGGUCCGAGUGCAGCAAGACCUGCGGGCUGGGCAUGCAGCACCGCCAGGUUCUGUGCCGCCAGGUGUACGCCGACCGCAGCCUCACGGUGCAGCCCUACCGCUGCCAGCACCUGGAGAAGCCGGAGACCACCAGCACGUGCCAGCUCAAGAUCUGCAGCGAGUGGCAGAUCCGCACCGACUGGACCUCGUGCUCCGUGCCCUGCGGCGUGGGACAGAGGACCCGAGAUGUGAAGUGCGUGAGCAACCUGGGGGACGUGGUGGCCGACGAGGACUGCAACAUGCAGCUCCGGCCCGGCGACAUUGAGAACUGCGACAUGGGGCCCUGCGCCAAGAGCUGGUUCCUCACCGAGUGGAGCGAGAGGUGCUCGGCGGAGUGUGGGGCUGGUGUACGCACGCGCUCUGUGGUAUGCAUGACCAACCACGUGAGCAGCCUGCCCCUGGAGGGCUGCGGGAACAACCGGCCGGCCGAGGCCACCCCGUGCGACAACGGGCCCUGCACGGGCAAGGUGGAGUGGUUCUCUGGGAGCUGGAGCCAGUGCUCCAUCGAGUGUGGGAGUGGGACGCAGCAGCGAGAGGUGAUUUGUGUGAGGAAGAAGGCAGACACCUUUGAGGUGCUGGACCCGUACGAGUGCACCUUCCUGGAGCGACCCCCCGGCCAGCAGUCCUGCCAUCUCAAGCCUUGCGGGGCCAAGUGGUUUAGCACGGAAUGGAGCACGUGCUCCAAGAGCUGCCAGGGCGGCUUCCGGGUCCGGGAAGUGCGGUGUCUGGCAGAUGACAUGACCCUAAGUAAUCUCUGUGACCCUCAGUUGAAACCAGAAGAGAGAGAAUCCUGCAACCCUCAGGACUGCGUCCCUGAAAUUGAUGAAAAGUGCCAGGACAAGUACUACAACUGCAACGUGGUGGUACAGGCACGCCUGUGUGUCUACAGCUACUACGAGACGGCCUGCUGCGCAUCCUGUGCCCGGGGGGCCGCCAGGCACGCUGGCUUCCUGGGGAGCAGAUAACCCGCACCCCAUCCGGUCCCCUACCCUGCCAGGACUCCCGGCCCAGGGCACUGCCGGCCACUGUCACCACCACCUUCACCUCUGGCCAAGUGUUCCUCCGGUGCCCGGGUGUUAGCCACGGUCGGUCCCUUAAGUGUUGCCAUGGACUCUUGACCCCGAGGACCCGCGCCUGUGACCGGUGCCCUCUCGGCCCUGGUGCUGUCCAAGUCAGCAGAUGUCCCUGCUGGGCGCUGCCUCGUCCCUAGGCUCCUGGCCUCUCCAAAGUGGGCACCCCUCAGAAUUCAGAGGAGGCAGCACCCCAUCCGGACCCCCUAAGCCUCACCGACGCAGCACCCCUCUGCGACCUCAGCCGCUGUGCUGCUUUCACUCUCAAAGCCAUCGGCCAGCUUCCUGCCUCAGGACACUUCUCUGAGCCUUCUGCAGCAGCUGGUAUAUUCUCAGAUACUAGCUCUGUGAUGGCUCAGAGCAUCCUGGACGGAGGGCAGCGGAUGAGGAGAUCUCCUCUUUUUUUACAAAGAAACAGAGUCAACUCAGGACCUGCCACGAUGGCAGAGCCGAGUGCCCACCUGGUCACCUGCCCACAGACCUCACCUGUCCCAGUCACCCCCUGCGCCUGCAGGGGCCUGAAGCAUGAAGGAGGUGGCUUCCUUUCCAGCCAGGAGGCUGAGAAGUUUCUCACCAGCAAACAGCCCAGGAUUCAGCCUCUUCCCCCCGAGGCAAGGUCAGACCUUCUGUCUGAUGCUCGCUUCUCUCCCCUCUGCACGGGGACAGGUCUGGCUCCCCUAAAUCCAUCAUCAACAGAACUGUGCUGGGGACAGGACAGCCACAGCGGAAGCCUGCUGUCCUGGUUGCACCCUCAGUGAUACGUUCCUCUUGCUGGGGGCCUUCACGUGGCUCUCACUGUCUUCCGCCUUCUCUCCCGGGCUCCACACCAUGCGUGUCCUGGUGCAAAGUCCAGCCUGCAGGCCCCCGACAAAAGCUCCAGGUUGUAUUAGAAAGAGUCUCACUUUGGUCUUUCUCAGUGCUGUAUGGGUUUUUCUCUAUGCCCUCCAACCCUUCCCCUCACCCGCAUGACUCAACCCUACUUCCCCUGGAGCUGACCUCCAAGAUCUGCAUGAAUACAGCUGGCCUGGGAAGAAGAGCCCUGAACCCCGCCUGCUUCCCAGCUCCCAACUCAGUUCACCCAGCUAGGGAACCGCACAGGUCUCCAGCCUGAAGCGGGGUGCUGUGCACCUUGAAAAGUGAAACCAAUUAGAAAACAAUUUUAAGGGUUUUUUCUUUUAUCCAUCAAGACUAUCGGGCCAAACACCUGCAGAGCUGCAAAUGUCUUCCACUCUCAAUCCUGGGCAUGUUUCCCUUUCAAGCCUCCGCUUGCCCCUGAGUGUGUUGACCAGAAACUGCCAGGUGGAUGAGGAUUUGCAGCUCUGGGCCCCAUCAGGCUCCCUCCCUCGCAUUCCACCAGGCUUGGGCUUUCAGGAGCUCUGGGUGGCGCUCUGGGGAUGUCCUGCCGGCUCCUGUGCUCGGGAGCCCAGGUGAAUUUCCCAGGGAA